ACCAUAACUCUCAGAUUUCCUUCUUUUAUCUCUUUUUCUUUGUUUUUCCUAGACAAAGAAAAAAGUUAUUACAUCUUUUAACUAAUAAUAAUUUUUUUUUUAAAAAGAAAUCUUCGUUUCAGACAAAGACGACAACCUCGUCGACAGUGUUGUUGAGAACUGCCCGGAGCUUUAAACAUUCCUCGCGUCAAGACCAGGUUAGGGGCAAUCUCGAUUGUUGAAGAUCUUGCAUAUCUCAUGCGCCUAAAAUAUUAAAGUUCUGGCGUUUUACGUUUACAUUAGUAUAACCACUGUUUUUGAGAUCGAUCCUAUGAGAAGGCUCUUCAAUGGCGUCCUUAAACUCAGAGAAGAAAUGGAUUUUUCCUCUAGCAAUGGCUUCUCUCAUGUUCACAUUCCUUGUAGCUGCAUCCUUCAACAUGGGUCUCCUCUCUUCCGUGCGUUCCAUUAACUCCCUCAUAUUCUCCUCCAGUCUCUCGACCACUAACGAGACAAGAGCCGAAUUCGCAGAGUCAAAAGUCAAUAAGUCCACUCAUCCUCCUCCGGUGCAGCCUAGUCCUCCUCGCUUCGGUUAUCUAGUUUCAGGGUCAAGAGGUGACUUAGAGAGUCUAUGGAGAGUGUUAAGAACAUUGUACCAUCCGAGGAAUCAGUAUGUUGUUCAUCUCGAUCUUGAGUCUCCUGCUGAAGAGAGGCUUGAGCUGGCUAAACGUGUGAGGGAGGAUCCUGUUUUUAGUGACGUUGGGAAUGUUCACAUGAUCACAAAGGCUAACCUCGUUACAUAUCGAGGACCAACAAUGGUGGCCAAUACGCUCCACGCUUGCGCCAUUCUCUUAAAGCAGAGUAAAGAUUGGGAUUGGUUCAUUAAUCUCAGCGCCUCAGAUUAUCCUCUAGUCACCCAAGAUGAUCUGAUUGAUACAUUCUCGGGGUUGGACCGGAACCUCAACUUUAUCGACCACAGUAGUAAACUAGGCUGGAAAGAAGAUAAACGAGCAAAGCCUCUGAUCAUAGACCCGGGGCUUUACUCGACGAAAAAGUCUGAUGUCUUCUGGGUUACACCUCGCAGAACCAUGCCAACUGCAUUCAAACUAUUUACCGGUUCUGCUUGGAUGGUCUUAUCUAGGUCGUUCGUAGAAUAUUGCAUUUGGGGAUGGGACAAUCUUCCACGGACUCUUCUAAUGUAUUACACCAACUUCCUCUCCACACCAGAAGGAUAUUUCCACACUGUUAUUUGCAACGCACCAGAGUACUCUUCCACGGUGGUGAACCACGACCUGCAUUUCAUCUCCUGGGACCGCCCUCCCAAACAGCAUCCUCGGACGCUCAACAUAAAUGAUACAGAGAGGAUGAUUGCCAGUGGAACAGCGUUUGCCCGUAAGUUCAGACACAAUGAUCCUGCCUUGGAUAGGAUCGACAAAGAGCUGCUCGGUAGAGGUAGCGGGAACUUUACGCCGGGUGGUUGGUGUGCAGGGGAACCAAAAUGUUCGAGAGUUGGUAAUCCAUCAAAGAUCAAUCCCGGUCCUGGAUCUAACCGGCUUCGUGUGCUUGUUAACAGACUUGUUUUGGCAUCUAAAUUGACUCAACGGCAAUGUAGAUAGGCUUCAUAUGUUCAUGUUGAAUUAGUCCGUAUUAUACUUUCUGCAAACUGACAAACAUUGUUGAGAUUUGUCACUCUUUUCUAAGCCAAAAUAAUUACCCAAUUCACUUCUUCUCAUUACAUAGAAGCC